CUCUUCUUUGUCAUUGAGUUUGUCAACGGUGGUGAUCUCAUGUAUCACAUGCAGCGUCAUCUACGCCUGCCGGAGGACUACGCCAAGUUCUAUGCGGCGGAAAUUUGUAUAGCCCUCAACUUCCUCCACGAACGCCAGAUUGUCUACAGAGACCUCAAGUUGGACAACGUACUGAUGGACUGCGAGGGCCACAUCAAACUCACUGAUUACGGCAUGUGCAAGGUGAGUAGUCAGUCUCAUAGGCCUGCUAAACAUCUAGCCUCUAUUUAA